UGUGACCCAUGGUACCGACACAACGGUUGGAGACUUCGCCACUUGGGAGAAGAACCCUAUAUAUCCUUGAAAGUCGAAACACUCCACGUUUGGAGCGACAGAGCUUUCUGUCUCUUCUUCGUUUCGCGGGAUUUAAAAACACCUGCAUCCCGUCAUCGAAGUGAGCAAGAACACUGGUUUUUGCUCCAUACAUCGUCCAUCUUUUACACCAUGGCGUCGUUCUCCACAUUGCCAAAUUUUCGAAGACCCACUCUACCUUCGAAGAUUCAUUCAAUUUCUCACUGCUUUUCUCGAUACCCUUUUGCAAUUCUCUCCGCUCCGAGAACACAAGUCAAUGUCCGUGGUUCUAAUCUCCGAAUCAGAGCAAUCGAUGCUGCUCAACCCUACGAUUACGAGGCAAAGAUCAAUGACCGCUUUGAGAAGAGAACUAAGCUCAAGAUUGCCAUUGUUGGGUUCGGCAAUUUCGGUCAGUUCUUGGCUAAAACUAUAGUCCGGCAGGGGCAUACUGUUUUAGUCCAUUCUCGAUCGAAUUACUCUGACGUGGCUCGUGAAUUAGGAGUUGUGUUUUUCUCUGACCCAGAUGAUCUCUGUGAAGAGCACCCGGAGGUAAUACUUCUGUGUACUUCAAUUACUUCGACGGAAUCCGUUCUCCGAUCUUUUCCUGUGCAAAGAUUGAAAAGAAAUACCCUUUUUGUUGAUGUGCUUUCGGUUAAAGAGUUUCCCAGAAAUUUAUUCCUUCAAAUUUUGCCGCUCGAAUUUGAUAUUCUUUGUACUCAUCCGAUGUUUGGACCAGAAAGUGGUAAGCAUGGAUGGGGAGGGCUUAAGUUCGUUUAUGACAAGGUAAGGAUUGGGAGCGAGAAAUCAAGGACAAACCGUUGCGAUCAUUUUCUCAACAUAUUUGCACAGGAGGGGUGUGUCAUGGUUGAAAUGUGUUGUGCGGAGCAUGAUAGACAUGCAGCAGGGUCACAGUUCAUAACUCAUACAAUUGGGAGGGCUCUAUCUAGGUUUGGGCUGGAGUCGACACCAAUAAAUACUAAGGGGUAUGACACGUUGUUGAAUUUGGUGGAAAAUACAGAGGGGGACAGCUUUGAUCUUUACUAUGGACUGUUUAUGUAUAAUAAGAAUGCACUGGAGCAAUUGGAGAGAUUAGACAUGGCUUUUGAGUCACUGAAGAAGCAGCUUUUUGGGCAUCUGCAUGAUGUUCUUAGGAAUCAACUGUUUGAGAAUGCUGAGGGUCUGGAUGCACCCGAGGAUAAGCAAAUAUUUACUAAAUUACUCCCAAAUGGGACCGCAGUUAAGCCAACACAGAGAAGCUGAGAUUUAAGCCCUACAGAAAUCAAUUUUUCUACUUGUUGUGCAUUUUGUACGCUUUCAUGGGUAUAUGAAUACCCAGAACUUGUAGUAGAAGCCUCUCAUGAACAAAAAUCAUAUGGUGAACUUAUUUUGCCAUUAUGUAAUCAGUUUAUACUAUGGAAUAGAAUUAGGAGUUGGAAGCAAAAUUCAAUUAAACUUAUAUGCUUUUAUUUGUUGUGGUAUGUUAUGGCUUAAUGUUUAAAACCUGAGGGUUAGGAUGCU